CUCCCAGUUGAAUGAGAAACAUUGGAAAAGAGAAGAAAAAAAUUUCUCCACAUUUUGACAUUGGACAAGAUUUCAGUUGUAAUCGAUCGCGUCCAUCAUUCGCGGUUUUUAUUGGUCCGGAGGUUACCGAGUACCGAAAAUUUUUACAGACAUAAUCGAUCAACAAUCACAGAUAAAUCUGCGAAAGAAAAAAAGCGAUAUUCGGCGACAGGGAGGGUAACAGUGAUUUCAAUCGACUGUCGGUUUAAAUUUAACGAGAGAAGAUCAGUCGGUUAUUCAUUAUCGUCCAGUCGUCUGAGUGAAAGGUGUUAUAUUUACCAAGGUGUCGCCAACUAAUCUUGAAAAACCGCCAGCGAUAUUACACAGGUGACUAAAAAUAAAGUUAAAAAUUCUCGAGUUUAGAACUUUCAUAAAGAGUCAAACUAACUCAAUCAACCCGAUGAAAAUAUCUUCCAACCGGAAAGCACGGUGACUUUACGAAAGAACUUUCAACCGCUUUUCUGCGCAAAGUUUUUUUAAAAUGCUGAAGAAAAAAAAAUACCCAUGUGAACCCAGUCCGACCUCGACCUUCGCUACCUUCACCCACUGUUCCCGUACCCUCGGACCGUUCCUUUAUGCUAAUGCGCAAAAAAUUCACCGAUCUCGUAUUUCGCUCCGAGGCUUGAAAAUAAUGGAGAUAUCGGUACGUCGGUUUACGUCGUACACGUAACGUGGCCAGUCGUAAUUGAGUCAGCUGCGAGCUAAGAACUCAACUUGAUACUUUGAGGAGAAUGAUCUGCAUAUAUUCUGACACUGAAAUGCAUUAGCUGAUCUCAUCACAACCGGUGGUCUCGAACGACCUCGAUAGUACUUCGUACUUCAAAAUCGCCCGUCAACGACGAAGACGAGAAGUAAAAAGAUAGCGAUCACUGCGUACAUCGUCUGCUGAAAAGUGGGCCAAUGUGAAAUAAUGAUUUAACGUACUUGUGGUGAUGAGGAAAUCGUACGUUCGUUAGAAACGGACGUCUGCGAAGAACAAACGCAUCCGCAUCCAGCACCGCGAAUCUACCAACAUCCACAAGUUUGUACACGGAAUGGGAGGAGUCGCUGAGUUUAAGAAGUUGAUAUGAAUGCAGUGGGAUUUUCGCGAUUAAUCAAUCGACGACGUUUAGUGAACUUAUUUCGUGCUUGUCAAUUCGAACCUCAUAACGUACCCACUACAAGGAUUUUAAUUUUUUUAAUUUUUUAGUUUCUCAGCAGACGAGGUUCGCUCAACCAAAUUUAAAAAUCAGAUGCGGCUGAUGAGCGUAAGAAAAUUUUUGCUGAGGCAACGGAACAUUUUCCAUUCAAUGUGGUCUCAAUUCAUGAAACGAGCGAAGAAUAUCGAAAGUUAACCGUAAUUCUUGUUUACACGUACGUCGUUUAUUUGACGAGUCAAUAUACCUCCGAUGAAACGUGCUUCCUAAACAGUACCACAGUGUAACAACUUAAGCGUUCGAAAUGAUUAACCGAUGACAAAUAAGGGUAAUUACAAGUUCAGUGUAAAUAAACUAUCAACUCUAAUGAGCACACAAAUAUUCAGUGCAAAAGCUCACGUUAUCCGGCAUACUACACAUACAUUAUGUCAAUGGAAUAUGAUGUUUGUUUCGUAUUUCAAAUAUUCAACCGUCGCACAUCCCGUUCGUGCGACAAUUUUUUUCGAACAUCUGCAUCAGAAUGAAAACGAAAUUGACGACGGUAAUGGAAGCGAUAAUUUGUCAUCUGCAACGUCGCGUGGGAAUCGAAGGUGUACUCGACAGCCGUUGAUCACGAUUUUUUCGAUCACUCCGAAGAUACCCAGGUAAUUUCACCUCGUGUUGAAAGGGGUUUGCUAAACUUGGUCGUCGCGGUGCUCGAAAGUCGGCCAUUUCUAAUCGGAACUGUCAGUAUAAUAUCAUCAUUAAUUACUUCCGUGGUCUAAAACGUGGGGUAGUUCGUUCGCUGAGACUUUGAGGUCUGCAUGCUAAUGCGAGCGGCGUUCUCGUGUUCGUCGUUAGAUUAUCCGCCUAAUCCAUCCCCCCGCCCCCCCACCUCCCUCAAUGGUACACCAAAAGCUCUACAAUAGUUAAGUUACGGUGUACGCACACUCCCCGGGACCCCCUCCCCGUUGAGUCUGGCGUAUUUACACAAGAACUGUAAUUAACUUCAGGCCGGGGGUGAGAACACCCUUAUACACGGUCGGUCCACAGUGGACUUAGGAUUGCUUCGAGGAGGUGCCGGUAAAGAGGGUCCGGGACCACUUCUUUGAGGUUCCCAUAAAAUCUAUUAGACGUAAGGUGUUUUUUAUCCGAUGGUGUUUACCAUAAACAAUUCAGGCAUUCCGACGACAGUUUUUUUGCUAGCGAACGGCGCGAUCCGACCGAAAUGAAAGUUUCGAUUCUUUGGACGUAAAAAAUAUCGCAAGUUCGAAUUGCACCGAGAGGUAAAUUUCCGAGGUAAUCGCCGACCCGUCAAAGGUCAUCGUUAGCCACUGAAAUCGGUCAGCGUCACGGCAGACGUAUAUCGCGCGGUUACGCAAUGUUCGAUUAAAUAUAGAUUACAGAAUCAUGAGCAUUGAAAUUCGGGGAAAAUUCAGAAACUCAUCGUACGCGGAUACAGUGCUCGUAGCGCGCGUCGGUAUAGAUAUUCCAAAGGGGUGUUCUGAAAUCGAAUUAGGUCGUUGCAUUCCGUGCGGUAGUCAGGACGGCCGUAUCGUGAUCGUAACAGCGUAGAUAAUGGGGACGUUGAUGACCGCGUCAAGGUACUUUCACCUAUUUCCGUUCGUAGCGUGUAGAGUUUAGGAGGGGUUACGUAACAACCGAUAGAGAUCCAUGCCUCCCAGAAUCGAUGAUGGAGGAGAAGAGCGCAGGAGGAAUUCUAAAGACAGAAACGCUCGCUCUAGCCGAUGACAAAUAUGAAAACGAAGUGGACCCAGAUGAUGAUCAUUUGUUCGAUGACAUUCAUCGGCUUGACGCUAUCCAGGUCGCAGAAGAUCACACGACGACCCCGGAAACAGAAUCGGACACACGCCAAUUUGACAGGGAGAGAAAAGACCUGGACACGUUAAUUCGGCGGGCCGUUGCGGCGGAAAUAAAAAAAUGUUGCGAGAAAGAACACGCCGCCAUGAGCAGAACACAUUCGGACACAAGCACCGCCGUCAAACGUAAAAAGUUCAACAAACGAGCGGUGAAUUUUUGCGCAAAAUCACCGUUAAUGCUGACCGAUGUUCGUGAGAAACAGACGAAACCAAUUUCUCACGAAACUCCGAAGGAGAAUUUAUUUUCCACGCAUCCGAUCGAGUCAAAGAAGCGACUAGACACUUCGAACGAUAACGUCUGCCCGGGAAAAAGUUCUGGCAUCGAAUCGGGAGGGAUAAGUUCCGUAGAGAAUUUUGAAAACGUUGAUAACGGUAUUGGCAAGCGGGACGUUAACGAAGUCAAAGGUGACAGUACAGAUUGUCACGAAAACAAUAUUUCAACUCCGCAAACAACCGAUGCGAGGCCAAAAAAAAAGGAAGUGGAAUCCGAUAACGCAAAACUCGACGAGCGACCAGAUGCCCGAAAAAUGACCGACGCUAUCUGUUCGGAUGAGCAGCUCGACGCGCCGGAGUACGCGGAUGCGUCGACUCAAACCGAGCACAAGUACAUGAUUCGGGCAACCCGGAGUUGUCCAGGUCGAAGAAAACGUAUUCAACUGCUAUCGCCGCUACACGAGGCCUCCAAAGUCAGGAACAAUGGGAAAAGUAUCCCCAUGGAAAUUACCCAGCCCGCAUUUCUCUAUAGAAAAGCUUCGGACAAUCUUAUCUACGAAAAGGGCAAGGGAAGCCGCAGUCCUAGUUACGUACCAGCCCCGGAACGAUUUCGCUGGCGAUACGUCACGUGUAGAAAAAGCAACUGACGAACAACGCGGAGAAAAUUCGCUGACAACGUUCGAUGCUCCGUUGUACCACUUUUUACCAAGUGUAUUUGUUUCGUUCGACCCAAACGAUUCAUAUGAAGUAUAAUACGGCGUUUUCAUUAUAACGACCGAAUGGUUUUGCCUGUUCUCCUGGAUCUCGAAAUACCUCAAGUGCAGAUUUCACGAUUAUAGCGAGUUCGCAGACGCCCGGAGCGGAGUCGAUUUUCCGAGUAUUUUUCCAGGUUCUUCUUUUUUCUCAUCUUCGCCAAUGAAUGAACGCGGGUGAGAAAUGUUCUUUACCCAAUGCAGAGAGAUCCGAUGUUCAGAUAAAUGAAGUACCGUAAUCCCGAUCACCGCAAUUAAUUAAAACGGAGAUUAUUCCCCACUUAUUUUGAAGUUGAAUAGACUACGUGCAGCACGUUGAACAACGACGUAUUCCGAUAUCGGGAUGGCCUCGGCGUAACGCUGACUAUUAUUAUUCGUUCCAAGGGUGUAUGAUUUUGACUGAAGAACCCUUCGGAGUUUUCCCGCGGAUUGACGGACGUUGAGUUUAAUUAAUGAGAGAAUUCGAUAGAGCUCGAAUCCCGAUGUAAAAGCGGCUGCGCUCGAAACGAUUUCUUUGUUCACCGGUCGAAUAAUUUUCCUUUUAAAUAUUAUUUUCGUCCUUCUCUCGUUUGUUUUUUCUUUGCUUUUUUCAGCGUCAUUGAAUAAUCAAACCCACACGAUUCCAUUUAUAUUCCAUGAACCACCGCGAUUCCGAUAUAUAUACAUAUAUACCUGUAUGGGUCCGCGUACAAUGGGCGCAAUUUUCGGAGUCACCUGGUACGCUGGUGGAUUUUUUUCUCCACGAAAACAAAUUUUCAUUCCAGCUCAAACGAAAUACCAGUUUUCAGCAUUUUCAAAUUUUACUGACGCGUGUAACCCACGAACUCGAAGACGUUGAAAUAUCUAUCCAGCUGGUUUAUACUGAUUCUGAGCCAAGAAGCUAACUCAAAAAAAAAAAACCUAGAAAAAAAAAGAAUCGAGGGAAGCCGAAGUAAAUGCGUCGGCGAGGGAUCCUUGUGCCGAAAAAGUUUGCGAUCGGAAAAUUGAAGGGAGACUCCGAUAUACCUUUGGUAAUGGAAUCGAACAAUUCGCGAAUCGGAAGGUAGAUAGCCUGCCCUAAUUUACCCAUCGGUGUCCCCCGUAUUGGCUAUUCCGAUCCUAAGGUGAAUUGGUCAAUUCUAUUAUUCCUUAGCGCGCCACGGUCGCCAAGCAUUGGAAAUCCCUUAUCUUAUCCUCGAGGAAUUUCUUUCAAGGUGGAAAAAUCGAUGCCUACGCGUUGCAUUGUUGCUCGUAAUUGAAAGGACGAACACUAUAUCUCUCUGAUCGUUCCCGAGGCUAUACGCGAGCGUUAUUUUUCCCUAAUUAGGCGUGGCGGAAUAUAAAAAGAAUAACAGUGCGGACGGACGGGGAAAAGGAAACUCGGCUUCGGAAAAAAAAAAACGACCUGACCAUUGUGGCUGAAAUUCAUUUGAUCUGAUCCUGACUUUUUUAAUUAUUCAUUAUUUUUUUUUUUUGUUCCUUACUUUUAUACUUUCUCUUUGUGUCCAUUCUCCGAAUAAUUCUCGAUUGUAUAUUUUUUUCAUGUAGAAAAAAUCUUUUACAAAUCAAACGUGGGAAUUUGAAGGAAAUUAGACACGUAGAAAAUGCGGUUUCUCAUUAAUUCUGCUACAAUGGAAUUCGACUGUGAAAUCAACGGUGACAAAAAAAGGUAAACGGAUAUUUCAGCUUUACUACAUUAUAAACUAAUUUCGGAAAUAGUUCAUACAUGGCACAAUUCACCACAUUUCUCCUAGGGAAUUAAUGCGUGGAAAUAUAGAGACGGACCGUGAUAUACACCAAACCGUAGAACUACAAGUUACAAGAACAACAAACUACCCUAUAAUCUAUUGUAAUAUUUGCAAACUAUUCUGCGGUAGUUGGAAGCUUGCU